AUGAUUUGCACUUUUAGGUGUUGGGUAUUGUGUGUGUGUGUUUGUUGGGGGGUUGAAGUGAAGACACCUGACGCCUCAGUAAGGGAUGAGAACAGUGAGUUGUCGCAUUGUGCUUUGUAUUCAGAAGCGCUAUGGAAAUUUGCAGACUUCAGAGAGAGCCCUUCUGUAGUUGUUCUGGAGGAAAGGCAGAAGUGCAGAUCAUCGCUUCGCUGUGCUGGGUCGAGACUACGUGGACGGGCUGAGGUCGCAUUUGUCUACAAGGUUCCAGCUGUAAUUAUGGUUUUAGCUCAGUCCCAGAGACUCUGGGUGGGGAUGCUGGCACUAAUUGUGGCAGUGGUGGAGCUACCCAUAGCCCAGCAGAAGUGCAUCUUUGAUGAGGUUCAGGCUCAGACCAGGGUGGUGCGAGCUGUGCCCGUCCACCCAGACGGCCCACCCAUUGAGCCCAGGCUCAGAACACAGGCUGGGCAGCAAACCAGUCGCCCAGUAUGGCGGCCUAGGAGAAGCCUGAGAAGGAUAGCCCCGCCCACUCCUGCUUCUCCACAGCCAAUCAGGAUUCGAAGUUGGAUUCCAAAGGAGAGCAGCAACUUAUCAGAGGCUGAGAAAAAGAGGCUGGAGGCAGCAAUGGAAGAGGCUCUGAGGACAGUGUCUUCUUUACUGUCAGUUGUGAACAGAGCACCGGGUCCACUGCUGCUCAGCAGAAACAUCAACAAAUACUGCAAGUUUCUCUGGAGGAAUUCAAGUAGUGCCAACUACAACAGGUGUGGUCGAGCCAACAACAACUACAGAUCUGAGACCUGUCUGGAUGUGACAAUCCCAGACAAUCAUCUGGCUGGAUGUGACAUUUACUCUGAGCCCGAUUCGCCUCACAGGACUGAGCUCCGUCCUGAAGGAACUGGACUCCCCAACACUGACUUCCUGCUGUACCUUCACAUACAGACCACUGACAAAUGCAGAACAAAGUCUAACUUGUUGGCCUACGCCGUCCACUGCCAGACAGACACGCAUGGACGACCUGUGGCUGGAGUGGUGGUCAUCUGCAGGGACGGACUGACAGGAGCCACAUACAGCCAUCAGGCUACUGUACAGACUGUCAUCCACGAACUGUUUCAUGCACUUGGUUUCUCUAAAGACCUGUUCCCCACCUGGAGAUACUGCUCCUCCGCUUCUCCAGCGAGAGCUGGCUGUUAUCCUCGGGGCAAAGUGACCCACACCGACGCAUCGGGCCAGACGAGGAUUUACACCCCGUCUGUCAUCUCUGCCCUGCAGAAGCACCUGGCAUCAGCUGACCCUGAGCUGGGAGGGCCUCUCGAAAACUGGGAUGAGCCUCCUGGAAGAGUGUCCUCUCACUGGGAGUCCCGGGUCCUGCAGGGCUCCAUCAUGGCGGCCGUGCUUGGGGACUCAGCCACAGUCCGGAUUGACCUGGCCACCUUGGCUGCAUUACAAGACACGGGUUGGUACGCUGUCAACCUGAGCAGGGCACAGAAUCUGGUCUGGGGAGACGGCGAAGGGGCCAUGUUUGGCUCCGUGUCAACCUGUCGGGACAAGUCCUCAUCCUUUUUCUGCACUGGCAGUGGAUUUGGGUGUCAUUAUCUUCACCUCCACAAGGGGGAGUGCCAGACUGAUCAGUACCUGGACGGGUGUCGGGUGUAUAAACCCUUCAAGAAUAGAAGUGAAUGCUGGAAGGAGGAAAAUGGCAGGAAGUCAGCUGAAGAGAACUGGAGCGGAGAAAUCUUUGGCUUCGACAGCCGCUGCUUCUUCUCCAGCCUGACCAGACAGAGCCAGUCUCCUUUGUUCAACAGCUCUGCAGAGGGACGUUGUUACAGACACAGAUGUACUGGGCCAAACAGGUACCAAAUCCAGGUGUCUGGCUCUGAGUGGGUGGACUGUCCAGUAGGGGGAACCACUCAGAUAAAAGGAUACCGGGGUUUAGUUUCCUGCCCUGAUAGGAGGUUGUGUCUGUACACUGACGUUACUCCUCCCUCUGAUGAUCUCAGUUCAUUUCCUGCUUCUAUCACAAGUGAUCCAAAAGUGGUUUCAGCGUCAGGCCAGAAUGAGACCUGGUCGGCCCUCAGACGUCCCGCAGAGCUCACGGCGGCCACGGCGCUCAGCAUCGCUGCUGCCUCCGCCACCGCUGUGUGCCUCCUGGCUGCAGUUGUGGUGUCUUACAGGAAAUGUUGCUCCCACAGGAUCAGGAUCCACUCUGCCCCAGAGGAUCACCGCGCUUGACAGCAAGUUCCUGGUUCACAUCAAGAGGGGCUCAGACUGGUUAUAAUGAUGGGGAGAAUCACGACCAACGCACAAACAACAACGACGGUGGCAAUGAAGAAAGGAUUCUUCAGGAUUUUAGAUGGACCCUUG